UAAACACAAUCUAAAGCUUAAUGAAUAUAUUAUAUAAACACUUCAUUAAUCAUAUCAUUUCAUUUGAUUUUGAUUUUAUGUGGAAUAAUAAUUGUAAAAACAAUUAAUUAUCAAAAAUAAGUGAGAAGUGAAUAGUUGUAAUCAAGUGAUGGCUUAUUGUGCCGUAUAUUUGAAUCGUAUUUCUCGUGAGAAGAAUUGUCCGGAAAAACCUGAAGACCCGUUGAUCUUAGAGAAGGAGAUCCCACACGACGCCCGCUUCUCCUUUGUCGACAUCGUUCCGUCCGUCCAUCAGUUCUCAGCCAAUAGUCAAGUGGACUACCAUUCCUUUCGGUUUUUGGUCGAUACAUGUAACUCAUGGCUCAAGAAGAACCCGCACUGGGAGGUCAUCAACUGUGAAACUGUGAAGUUGUCGUAUCGACACAAUCUCACAACUAUGGUCAGCAGAUGGGAGGUUCAAACUAAUCCGGCCACUAAUCCAUGGGUCACUCCAACCCGAGGCGAUUUUGAGACAUCCUUAAAAGUGUUAAGAGUUUGGAUCAAACGGCGAGAGGAAAUGGUGGUGAAAGAAGCGGAGAGUGAAACAUCUGUGUUAAAGUACAUGGAUUUUGAGCCUUUGCGAAAAGAUGGUAAUUUUGAGAACUUGGAUGAUGUCGUCUCCAGAAUUAAUGCCAAAAUUCGUGCACAAAAUUUUGACGGCAAACGACUUAUUACUAUUGAAUCGCUUAACGUUGAGGCGAACGGCGACUGGAAGAUAGACACAGAGCUAAGUGUUGCCGAAGAGUCGUCCCGACACGUGACUAUUAUUCGGCUCUUUUACGAAGAGGGCUCGUGUCUGGAGGAAGAGAUAGGCAUCGCUGACUUCACACCUCAUCACUUGUCGGGCGGCAGUCUAUUCAAAAGACCCCACUUUGAGAAGUUCUCGUCGAUCAUCGAUAGAGCGUCUCAAUGGUUGUCAGACAAUCCAGAAAUUAAUUUCCUAAACGCACAGUCGAUUGACAUUAAACUCAAAUCUCUAACCAAAGUGGACACUCGGGUUUGUUCACACACUGAACACGGAGAUUAUGUGCACAUUCUUCGUGUGGCCUAUACUAAGCCCUUUGAGCCAGAAGUGGAGCACACGGCUGGUCCGCCACCACCGGCGCCAAUAUAUCUGUCUUCGAAGAUUUUUCUGGUCACUAAACAGGAUGUGUUGGAUGACGUUCACCACCGCAUCAACAAUUGGAUUAAAGAUGCCUCACAAGUGGAGGAGAGGUUCAAAUCGCGACUUUUAAGUGCAGAGACCGUCGAAGUGUUCGCUAAAGACGGAGACGAACGCAAUCUGGAAAAAGCUUUGGAACAAACGUUUCAAUGCAAUCGAUUGGGUUCUAUGAAUACAUAUGCCUUCAACGCUAUCCGAGUUUACUUUGAUGUGGGCUUUUAUGGCAGAAACAGAAGUAUGUCGACAAUGCCCUCCACUACCCUUCCCAACAACACCUCACCCUUUAUUGCCAUCAAUUCAGACGACAGCCCGAGUCCUAAGAAUGAAUUUAGGAGUCGAUCCACUUCUUGCGCCUGUAUGUGAAACUCAACUCUUUUUCCUCUAUAUUUCUUAUAUAACAUUACCAUUACAUUAACUAAUGUUCAUUCAAUUAUAACUACCGUAAUAUGUAUUUUAUAACGACUAUUAUUUAAUAGCAUUUGUUGUCAUCAAAUUUCAUAUUCAAUUAUUUCCAAAUUUUGUUUCAUAUUUUUGAGGCCAAUUGUAUUUAUAGCGUUAUACAGUAUAGAUGCUAAUCAUUGUUACCAUGAUGUAUAGUAUUAUAGUAAAUUUAUGAUAAAUUGAUGUUACAUAUAGUAUUGAUA